AUGAGCACUCUUAGGGUGUUCACCUCAAAACUAUCCCCUCCAUCUUUUGAUCUGCUUAUUGAUGGCAACCACUGGACCAAAGUCAUUACCUCACUUGAUAAACUUCUAUAUUAUGAGGUAGUCUAUGUUGUCGAAAGUGACGCGACUACCAUCUGCCUUGCCCAAACACAACCUAACCAGUUUCCAUUUAUAUCCGCACUUGAGGUUAGGAGCUUGGAUCCUAAAAUGUAUAGCUAUGUUGAUCCGAAAUAUGCACUGUUUGUAAGGUCCAGGUUUGCUUAUGGUGCAAGUGCAACUGUAAGGUAUCCGGAUGAUGUUUAUGAUCGCAUUUGGGUUCCAGAAAGCGGUGGUACUGGGGUAAUUUCAGUGGCAAGCGAAGCAAUAUCCUAUGAAGUUAAUGUACCGGAAGAGCCUCCGGAAGCAGUCUUGCAGAAUGCUAUUACAACCUCAAGCUUGUCUCAAAGUUUAACUUAAAUCCCGGAUUUUGCAGAUAAAAAAACUGCAAUCUACAUGAACUUGUAUUUCUCAGAAGUCACCGAUCUCGAUACCACCCAGAAGAGAUCGUUUAGGAUUUACAUCGAUAACAAUCCUAAAUCAGAGCCGAUUAUCCCACCUUAUGGAAAAGUGACAGAAAUGUUAAUUAACUAUACAGCUUCUUCAAACACCUCGUUUUCGUUGGUUUCCACCCUCGAUUCUACACUUCCUCCACUUAUCAAUGCCAUGGAAGUCUUUUCUGUUAGCGAUCCUCUAGUAGUUGGAACCAACAGCAAAGAUGUGGGAGGUUUAGUGGAGCUCCAAACGCAAUUUAGUGUAUUACAAGGAUGGUAUGGUGAUCCAUGUCUCCCUUCUCCAUAUACAUGGGACUGGAUUAGCUGUAGCAAUGACGUUAUACCUCACGUAACAGCAUUGGACCUUAGUAGCUUUGGUCUUUCAGGGCAACUUCCGGAUUUUAGUUCCAUGGAUUCCCUUGUGACAAUCGAUUUACACAAUAAUAGUUUUAGCGGACCUAUUCCAGAUUUCCUUGGAGCCUUUCCUUACCUCGAAGAACUGAAUUUGGCUGAUAAUUCCUUCAGUGGACCAAUACCUCCAUCAAUAUCAAGUAAUAAGACGUUGAAAUUAGUGGUAUCAGGAAAUCCAGGCUUGUGUGUCUCCGGCAAGUCCUGUAAGCCAACAAGCACAGAUGGCACUAAGAGUUCACCAACUCCCUCAAGCAGCAGCAAAAAGAGUAGCAAGCUUCCAUUAAUACUUGGAACCACAAUUCCAAGCUUCAUGAUUUUCUGGGCUAUAGUGGCAUUUAUAUUGCACUACAGGAGAAAAAAAGCAGCCAUAGCUGCAAUCACCGCAGGAAAAGCUGCUGGCUCGAAUAUGCCUUCUCAGGGUCAGGGAUCACCCGGCAAUGUGAUGAUGGGUAAAAUGGGUGAAGCUGCCGCGAAUGAGGGUAAUUAA